UAGUGCAAAUCUCAAUGCCGUCUUCUGUUCAUUUCAUGAUCGAUUAAAAUUAUCAAAAAUAAUUUUUUGGGCGCUAGCUGCUUCGCAUAAUUGCAUUUCAUUUUGUUUAGUUUGUUUUAACACAAGCAACGUGGUGGUGAACUGAUUAUAAUAGAUUAACGCAAGGUGAAACUCUACGCCACUUUGUAUUAUAGGCAGAAUGGGUAAAAUCAAACGAUCAAAAGCAUACCAUUCCGAUGAAAGUAGUAGUGCAUCCGAGCGCAGCUCAUCAAAGGAUUACCGAAAACGGAUCAAAUUGAAGCAAAAUCACCAUGUAUUGAGUGCCAUGCAUUCGGACGCAGGUAGCACCAAGAGCAACGAAGAAUUUGGUAUGUCUGGCUAUAGCGACAAAGAAAGCAGCCGAUCGAAGCAUAAGUUUGCUGAAAAGAAAAAGAAAAAACACAAAAAGGAAAAGAAAUCUAAGAAACAUAAGAAACAUCGUAAAAUGUCUGUUGAAGAAAGUGAUGAAAAGAAAAGUUCGAAUAUUUCUUCUGAUCAUGAAACAAUUGUUGACUCAAUGCAAAAGCCAGCACCGAAAGGCCGAAAAGCUGAGUGUAAUUCUCCUAAAUCUCACCAAUCAUGGAUGAUAGAACGAACAUCGCACAACAAACAGGACCCAUUGCCUAAUCAAGCGGCUUCGCGAUGGGAUAGCUCUGGAGAAGGUGAACAUUCCCACCAUCGGAAAGUGGGGCUUGAGAACAAAUAUCCCAAAACAUAUCGAACGAUGGGUUCCGACAGCUGCAAUGACGACGGCUAUCGAUAUAGAAGAAGAUCUCCUGGAUCGAGUGAACAUUACCACAGUAGAGACGUAGAGCGAGGACGUAACUAUGCUGAACAUCAAAACUUUGGUGCUUCUCGCUCUGGUGACUAUCAGCGUCGAAAUGACUACGACGAUAAAAGAGGUCACAGUAAUUAUUCAAAGCAGAUUGCCCACUAUACGAAGCAUCGUGCUCGACAGUUUAGUUCUAAUGAAUAUGCUAACGACAAGAAACUACAAAACAGAGUAAGUCGACAAAGCGACGAAAACGAUGAACAACCGACAACCGAUCGAAUGUCGGUUGGCGCUGAUUCUAGAGAGCAGCGUGGAGAUCAUUCACGAGAACACUCCACCUCUGUCAAUGAACCAGGUAGUCAACAUCGAAGAACCGGCAGCGACAGUUAUGUAACCUACCAACAUAUAAGUCGAGAUUCUCGCAAUCGUCAUUCCUAUUCGAAACCAACACGCAACAGCCGUGAUUAUGCCGAAAAUUCUCAUAUUCAUGAACGGAAAGGUAAUUACAGUCAACCAGAUAAUAAGCAGAAAUCGAACGCAACAGCUGGAAAGUCUAAUUUUUCACCGAACGUUGAAGCACGUCGUAGAUCCCAUCGCAGCCGUAGCCGAAGUCUUAUACUACAACGCAGCGAAUCCCCGAAACUCCGUAACAAUUCCGAACGGCUCCCUAUUUCUAAGAAAAAUGCCACAGAUCGAAUCGAAGACCAAGAACAUGAUUGGGGUAAACAAACAGAGCAUAAAACAAAAUUGCACCACUCCGAUGAUAUGGAGCAUGGCUCGAAAUUUGAAAAACGUAUUAAAACGGAAGCAUGCGACGAUGAAGCGGAAUCCGCGUCUAAGAAGAUAGAGCAACCGAACUUUGGGUUAUCUGGCAAAUUAACAGAAGAUGCCAACAAAGUUAACGGUGUUGUUAUUGCCUAUGCUGAGCCGCCAGGUGCUCGAAAGCCAAAGCGUCGUUGGCGGUUGUAUCCUUUCAAGGGCGAACAAGCCUUGCCGACACUUUACAUUCAUCGCCAAAGUUGCUAUCUGGUGGGACGGGACAGGAAAGUUUGUGAUCUGCCAGUUGAUCAUCCGUCUUGUUCGAAACAGCACGCUGUUUUGCAGUAUCGUUUGGUGCCAUACGAACGACUCGACGGUUCGACUAGCCAACGUGUUCGACCGUACAUUAUUGACCUAGAGUCAUCAAACGGAACUUUUGUGAAUAAUAAGCAAAUAGAGCCAAAACGUUAUCUCGAAUUGCAUGAAAAAGAUGUAUUAAAGUUUGGAUUCAGUUCUCGAGAGUAUGUGUUGCUACAUGAAAACAGUAAGGAAGACAAUGAAGAUGAUGAGGGAUAUGAUGUUUCACCUGGAAAUACAGCCAAUUCCGGGAACAAGUAAAUCAGUUAAGCAAGAAGUAUACUUUUUGGUAUGUAUACAUUUAUGGUGUAGCCUAUCGUUCACAUGAUAGUAAGCAUUUAAUUUUAUCCUUAAACCUGCUUUGCUGUAGCUGAAUAGAAAGAGAAUAUUUUAAUUAAGUUUAGUGAGCUGCAUAAACGCAAAUUGAAACAAAAAUUUGAAAUAGAAAAGGCAAUUCAUUGGGAUGUAAGUGUAGUAUUUAUCGGAAACGGUCCUUUGGAGCUAAAGGUACAAACAAUUUUCACAAAUCAUAACUAUAGCGUUCAUGUCACUGCACAAGAAAUAAUUUGGAACCUAAUUCAGAAAAUCAAGCUACAUUAACACUUUGCAUGCAGGUAACAUAUUUUUAUGUUUUUUAAGUUAGCGAGAAUCCUCGUACUUAGGAAAUAUAUGAAUAAUUACGAUCCAUACAUUUUGCCGCUGCACGUGCAAUUCGGCAGCGAAGUAUGCCAGCAUGUCAAGUGCUAAAUACGUUGCCCGCAUAGAAAGUGUAAAAUAACAGCAUAAAGAUUGGUUUUAGAAGUGUAUUAAUCCCUUUCUAAAAAGCACAAGCAGUGGUGUACCAUUUUUCGUAUUUAUAAUGCGGAAGAGUACGCUAUUCAUAGGUGGAUUAAUUUGUUUUUAAUUUGAAAGUGAAGUUCAACUAAAGACAAACAUAGGAUAACUAAGAUCAACACAUGGGACAUGAACAAGUUAGGAAACUCGAUCCUUAAAAUGACCGAAUGGUUAUUGAUUUUGCGAGAAUUUUUUUUAUUCGCUGAAAUGAAUUCAGUUUACGAAGCAAUUUCAAAUACGGAUGUAAUUAAAAAUUUGAUGAACAACUUAAGAUUGAAAAUAACUAAUAAAACCAAAAUUAGUUAUAUUGCAUGUUGAAAUCUGUGACUUACCCGAUCAAUGAAAUCGCUUACUCAGUUAGUAAUAACACAUAAAUGCAACGACAACGAAAACAUGGACGUUACAUCGAAACCGACAGUAAACUGUUUGAUUUUGAUUUUGUUUUUUUUUUUAUUAUUUUACGCAACAUAUGAUAUGAGUUUCCGUUCAUCAUGUUACUCAAACACAAUUCCUUGCGCUAGUGGCAAAUCAGCUGAAUGAUUCACGGUAAUUGUAGAACGACGGGCGUAUUGCUUCCAUGCAUCGGAUCCAGAUUCACGGCCGCCACCAGUAUGCUUCUCACCACCAAAAGCUCCUCCAAUUUCAGCUCCAGAUGGCGAGGUGUUAAUAUUUACUA